GAGGCGCUUCUUUCUUCUUGUUUCUCAAUUCAAAUAUCCCCAAAUAAAAACUAGCAAAGCAAAUCAAAACUUUCAAAUACACAGAGCAAAAAUAAACACAAAUAAUCUAAUGUCAACAAUGAAGUCCUUCUGUAAGCCUCCGCUCGGUAAAUCGCCAAUCUCCGACCGGCCACGCCGCGUCCUCCGAUCGACCACCACCUCUGUACAAAGUCCGCCAGGAACCCUAAUGAAGUCACAAAAGCUAAAUCCGGGUCCGACAAUGGAAGAAUUGGAUCUCCGACCCGAAUAUAGCACCAUAUCGUGGGAGAUGAGGGCUUUAGCAAACAUGGUUGAUACUGAAUUUGGAAAAGAAAACAAACCAACCGCCGAGGUAAUGAAAAAUUCAAAUUCAAAUGCAAAUUCUACUUCUCUGUUUGAAAGAGGAAGGUUUUAUGAUCUUUACUCUGCAAAGAGAAACGAGAGAUUGAAGAGAAGGAACGGAGAGAGAGGCGAAGAGCCGAAGACUCCGUACAAUCUUGGAGUAAAUGUUGAGUCUUCUAAGAAAAAAGAUAUGAAAAAGCUUGAGAGUUUGAGGAAAUCAGCGUCUGCUUAUUACUCUGUGGAGAAGAGUGAAGUUCCCAGAUAUUCUUUGAGAAGCUUGAGCAAAGAGAACAAGAAGCCUCCUUUGCCUGUUGUUCAUUAUGGGAAAUCUGUUCUUGCCAGUGAAAGGAAAAUUGGGGCCAGAAGGUCUACCAAGAUUUGAUUGUAUUUCAAUUUACAUUAUAGGGUUUGGUUUUAGGAAUAGCUACUCGAUUCCUUUUCGGAUUUGGUUUUUUAUAGUUUUUGUUUGAGUUUGAACUUUGAUGAUUUCUGGAAAUGGCCUGUUUGCAUCUCUGCUAGUGCAUUGAGUUCACACCAAUAUGUUGAGAAGGUGUAAUCUUCCUCAAUCAAACAGUAGAACAUAAUUUUUAUCCCUUGAAUCCAAACAUGAAUGAUACUACUUUUUGUUCAAA